AUGAUUGGUGGAAAUCGUGUCUUGGAUGGAUAUGAUUGGCUAGAAAGUAUGAUUGCGAACCGGGAUGGGGUUAUUAGUACAUACACUAUAAACUGUCGCAGGUACAUAGCUUUUGCUGGGGCGAUCUCUGGAGGUAUGACACGAUUAAUCGCUGCACCUCUGGACCUUCUCAAGAUUCGAUUCCAAGUUCAACCAGGAUCGCUCUCAAGCACUUCAUCAGGACUUAAAUAUUCUACUUUAUAUCAAGCGAUCCAUAGCAUUUAUGCUGAAGAAGGUCUUCGAAGUUUUUGGCGAGGAAAUUUAGCGGCAUCGGGACUCUGGGUCGGUUAUUCAGCUCUACAAUUUGCUACGUAUCGUGUACUUAAUACAAAGUGCUGGAAAAAGGACGGAGAUGACGUUAAAGUUGGUAUGCCAACAGUACUGAUUAGUGCUUUCAAUGGAGCAAUGGCUGGUGUUACGGCCACUGUCGUCACUUAUCCACUGGACCUCUUUCGUACAGCAUUUGCUAGUCAGGGAAUGCCCAAACGAUUCCCAACGAUGCGUAGUUUGGCAUUGCACAUGUGGACAACACAAGGCUUUCGUGGAUUUUAUAGUGGUUUGGGUGCGACAACUUUUCAGAUUGCACCGUACAUGGGGCUAAGCUUUGGCAUUUAUUCGACGUUGAAUGAAGUAGCGGCACAACAUCGUAGCAGACAAGAGAAUGUUGAUGCAGAUGUGUGGAUGCCGCUGUCGACCGCUCUAUCGUAUGUUGGAAGUGGAGCUGUGGCUGGAUUUGUAUCGAAAUUGGUGGUGUAUCCGUUAGAUACAGUCAAGAAGCGCAUGCAAAUGCGUCAUGUACCACGCUGCGAAACGUACGGCGUUAUUCCAAUGUACUCUUCAAGUUGGACGUGCUUCUUUGACGUGUUACAACGGGAAGGUAUUCGAGGGCUUUAUAAAGGCACAGUACCUAGUCUACUAAAGUCUGUAGUCACCGCGAGUACGACUUUUGCGACAUAUGAGUUUACACUUGAAGCAACGCAGCACUUUUUCAUCCAUAACGACAACGAGGAGUGGACGGACUUGAAGACACUUAACACGAAGUGA